AUGGCGGAAGGCAACGACAAGAGCUCAAACCCCAUGCGCGAGCUGCGCAUCGACAAGCUCGUCCUGAACAUCUCCGUUGGCGAGUCUGGCGAUCGUCUCACUCGUGCCGCAAAGGUGCUGGAACAAUUGUCCGGUCAAACUCCCGUUUACAGCAAAGCCCGUUACACUGUCCGAUCUUUUGGUAUCCGCCGUAACGAGAAAAUUGCUGUGCACGUUACUGUGCGAGGACCCAAGGCCGAAGAAAUCCUCGAGCGUGGCCUCAAGGUCAAGGAAUACGAACUUCGCCGCAAGAACUUCAGCGAAACUGGCAAUUUCGGUUUUGGUAUCUCCGAACACAUCGAUUUAGGUAUCAAGUACGAUCCGGCUAUUGGUAUUUACGGAAUGGAUUUCUACUGCUGUAUGUCACGACCGGGUGCAAGGGUUGCCAGACGGAGACGUUGCAAGACCAAGAUUGGCCGGAGCCACCAGGUCAGCAAAGACGAUACGAUCAAAUGGUUCAAGACUCGUUUCGAAGGCAUUGUCCGAUAA